GUAAAAUUGAUUUUUUGUGGCGCUGGAGGUAUUAUUCGAAAUGAAAGAGGUGAUAUUGUUAUAGCCUUUGCUGAGGAACUUGGUGAGGGUACUAAUAAUGGAGCUGAGCUAUUGGCAUUAUUAUAUGGCCUUCGACAUGCUAAAAGGAUGGGGAUUAACUGUCUUGAAGUGAAGAUAGAUUCAUUGAUUAUCGUUAAUUGGUUAAGGAGGAAAGUUUGUGAUAUAUGGUAUCUAGAAGAUUAUCGGGAAGAGAUACAAUACCUGCUGUCCAUAAUCUCUUGUAGAAUCCAACACAUAUAUCGGGAUGGUAACUCGAUAGCUGAUAUCCUGUCGAAAUUGGAGCGUCUUGUGUUUCACAUAUCUGGAUGGACUCUAUCACAAUCCCAUCAUCAGUUAGAGGAGCUUUGC